AGACAGAUCCUCUGCCUGCACACGCUGUUCAGCUGAAUGCAGUCUGUGCAAAUACCAAUACUGAAGCACAAGGUUUCCACGCCUGCAGAGGGAGAACGACUGAACCAUUUCUCAGAGCACAAAGCAGCACCAGAACCCACAGCACACCAGAGGAGAAGGAUCCCAACAAGUUCUGACCCCCAGCUCCCAGAAGAGGAUGUACAGAUAUUGCUGCUGGAGUCCAAUACUUCCACACCCGCUAUGGGAGAAGGAGACCAACAGGAAACAUUUUCAGAGCACCAAGCAGCACCAGAGCCCCUUGGGCAGAGUGGAGGACACCAAUGGGGUUCCUGGUGCCAUGGGAUGGGAAGAAGGAGAUCCUGUGUGCAGCUCAUUGCCGUGCAUGCAGCGCUGGGAGCACUCAUCCUCAUGCUGGUGGUGCUGGUGAUAUCGACCGUGUGUCGGCGGGCCCCCAUCCCACCUUUCUCAGCCUUUGGCCACGCAUGCCCCAACGCCUGGGUCGGAUUCCAGGGGAAAUGCUAUUAUUUAUCAAAGGAGGAGAAUGAUUGGAACAGCAGCAGGGAGCACUGCAGUGCCCACGGAGCUUCCCUGGCCACCAUAGGCAGUGCGGAGGAGAUGGAUUUCAUGAUGCGCUUCCAGGGCCCGGCAAACUGUUGGAUCGGGCUGCACAGGGAAGAAGAGGACGCCCAGUGGACAUGGAGCGAUGGCACAGCCUUCACCAACUGGUUUGAGCUGCGAGGUGGAGGCCGAUGUGCGUACCUGAACGGGGACAGGAUCAGCUCAUCCCUGUGCCACCUACACAAGCACUGGGUCUGCAGCAGAGCUGACCACUAUGUCCUCUGGAAGCAAAAGGCGCACCCACAAUGAGAGACCCCACCACCGUGUCAGGACAUGGUCAGCCAUGUGACAGGUAGGUCGUGUUUUUGCAGUGGAAAUUUCCAGUAUUUCUGAAGGUAUUGUAGUUGCUUUUCACAGAAAAAGCUGCUGAACAGAGUAAAGUUGAGACUGGGGCAUUCCGAUCUGGGUAGAAUUGGCACAGGCACCAGGUACAGAAAAUACCCAAAGACAAUGGGUUGCUAACAGACGUUGUAUGGAAACAUAAUGGAGCAACAGCUUCGGACCAUUGUGAGCCUGAGAUGCUCAACCAAUGAGUGCCAGGAGAGGCUUUGCCUGUGUCGGACCCAGGGGAGAUAACGGAGUGGAUUUCACUGAUCAGGAGCGCAAUUUCUGCCUUGGCAGUAGGGGGCGUGCGCCCGUUGUUGCAAUCAUGGACAAACUGCUCUUCACAGAGAUCUCGGCCUGAUUCGAAAUUGUAGACCUGGAGCGUGUUUCUCACAAAGCUGCAAACAUCAGCCCGAGCUCCAAGGUGGGCGAGGAGGGCCCAGGGAGCAAAGGGCUUCACCGUGGUGCUGGGCAUAAAAGACCUAACGCUGCUUUCUGAGUGUGCUGCUGCAUGCGGGACAGCCGGCAUUGCAGUGGUGAAUAAAGCCUGCUUCGAUCAGA